CUUUCUCUGAACAUCCAGUCGCCCGAGUUUCGUGUUGCCUUGGCAGUGCGCACCUGACUGCAGCUCUUCAGGGGGGAAUUGUGUGUCACUUCUUCUGAGAGUUCGCAUUGCCAAAGUCCCGACACCUUAUCUGUUAUUGAAAUAAUGACUUCAUCUGAUGUCCGGGCAGAACUCUCAACAAGGCCCCUGUAUUUCUUCGACCAGCCAUCAAGACGCAAUCAAACAAAAGGGGUACGGAGCCGCAUGCUAUAUUUUAAUGUGGCAACUGAAGUACCGCACCUGGAAGGCAAAAUUCAAAGCUAUCAAGAGGAUGAAGACAGCGAGGUUACAAUGGAUGAGCCCAACAAAGAGAUCCUCUCAGGUGAAACACGUGCGGAUGGUGAACCUGAUACUUCAUCUGCUGUCGGUGCCGCACUGAACUCGAAAGAGUGCGACCCCAUGGACUCGUACAAGCGAGCAGCCCCUGGGUUAUUAACCGAGCUGGCUCGCCUCCUUUCACGACACAAGUGGCCCGAGAAGGGAUGUAUUCCUCGCGGGAUUGUAAAUAUUCUGAACUACUCCUGGAACGACCUGACUGCAGGGGCGGCUCAGUUUAAAAGGCGGAAGUCAAGAGGUUCCCUGACUGUGGACCAGACACCCCGUCAGCUGUCCGCCAACACCAAGGAGGAAACAGCAGAGAGGAAUUCCUGUGCCGUUGGGAAUGUUGGUUCCUCGGAGAGAAAACCGCAGGCUGGGUUGAACGCACGCGUCAAAAAGCGCAAACAAAACUCCGGCAGAGCUCACAAGUGCACGACAGCCAGUUUCUCCAUCUCGUCCGGCAGCUGUAAAGAUCCAGGUUGGAUCAUUCAGCCAAAGCAGCCGUGCCCUGACGAGCCUCAGCGGAUCAGUUUGUGUCAGUGGGUGGUGAAGCGGCUGCAGGCAGCAGGAAAUCCUGAAAAGCCGCAAACAGCUGAGCAGGACCUGAACAAACUCCUCUUACUCCGUCACUAUGGCGAUGCGAAGGCUAGACUGAAAGACAGGAGCAGACAGGUCCAGCCUCCUGCUUUAGUGAACGGGAUGCCCCAGAUACCACAAGUGAAGCAGCGGAAUCAGGUCCAACACAAACUCCACUACAGGAUCAGCGACGGCUCCUCGUUCAUAUACUAUCCAUCUGGCUGCGUGGCUGUGUGCCAGAGUCACUCAGGUCUGCCCCGUGGAGGCUUCUACACCAACGUGUUCAGUGACGGCGAUUGUCCCGUCAUCCUGGCGACUAUCACGGCGUUUGGACGCGGGGCUGCUACGCACCCUCUUAGCUCCACCAUUACGACAGUGUGGGACCAGGACGGUGGAUUCAUAUGUGACCAUGAUGGGAACAUAACUAAGGAGUGGAGUUGGCAGAAUGAUCUCACAGCGAGGGACAAGAUUGUCAUUCAGUUGUCAGACGAGAUCUCCGUGAGGCUGUUCAGCGGAACGUCUGCCGUGCUCAGCUUCAGAUGUGACAGCGAGAGUGUUCAACUUCCACUCCCUUCCUUGUCUAACAUUCACCAGUCAGAUGGAAACUUUUCACAGCUUUGUUUGCAGACCGAGGGGAAGUUUACCUCUGAUUUUGCUCAAGACCUCCUGCUGGUGAGGAAGACAAAAUAUCCUGCCGAUGUCCUAGAGAGCAAGAGGAACCCGACACUAACACCUGUGUCGGUGCGCUCCCAGGAGGUCCUCCAGAUGGUCAGAGAUGUGGAGGGGCCGGAGGAUCCGUCAGCGCCGUGGAGAAGAGGAGGGUGUGCUGGCAGAGAGCUGAAGAGGCUUCAGCAGAGAGUGCGGAACGCCGUGGAAGAUUGGUUGGAUUAUUAUCGUGUGGCCAUUGGGAUCAAAUGUCGUGAUGCGGUGCGGAUGCCAGAUGCCCCACCGAGGACCAGGGCGAGACGAGAGGUACAGUCAGCCGCUCUGCCCUCCCUGAACCCACCUGAGCGGGCAGAUGCUAAACCAGCGCAGGCGGAGGAGGGCGGGGAUGAGCUCCAGGAGCUUCACAGGCACCUGUCAGCAUCACCAGAAAGGCCUCCGGUCCCCCCUGUCAAGCUGCCAAGAACACCUAAGAAACAGCCGAAGAAGGAGCAUCAAGUCAUUGUGAUAGGACCGCUCCAGAUUCAUGGCAACAUCAAACCCGAGUCGGUGAUUCUUCCAAGCAGCCCCGAGUCGCAGACUUCCACUGCUGCACACAUUCCGGCUGUGGCAUCAUUCACCCCCUCUGUCCCCCUCACGGUGUGCCCCGCUCUGCUGAGAGCCGCCUUGCUGGGGGAGAGGCAGUGGAGGAGGUGCUGCUGCAGUACUGCACUGAUGCCAGUGGUGACAGACCUGGAGUAUGAUGCCUUUGUUACGGGCCAGCCCCCUCACAGUCAUCAGAUUCUUGUGGUGUGUGUGACUCCGCCGAGCCAGCCCGCCAGCACGUGCACGGUGCAGAGCCAGGACGAGCUCGAGGAGCUUUACAGGAGGAGGAACAAGCACAGGAGCAUGCCAUGUACUCAGUGCCAGAUGGACUCAUUCCGCCUGGUGAGGUAUGAGAUGUCAAUGGAGAAGGACAGCUGUGGAUUCAAGAACAUCCUGCUGCAGCAGCGACACAAUGCUGGUCCCGGCAUGGUCCUGAUGUACAUCAGAGGGACGCUGCUGUUUGUGGGCUACAUGUUCAGCGCUCACAGCUGCUCAGCCAGGGACCUUCAACAGCAAAUCUCCAGAACCAGGGCAGACUACAGAUUAGGUCUGAGCCUCCCUAAAGACUACAAGUUCAGUGAUACAGUGAAGACUCCCGGAGACACGGACGCGCACAACUCAUCCAACGCUGCACGCGGCGAGAGAAGACACAGUGACCGCUUCAGAAGAAAAAGAAACAGCCAAUGCAAGGAAACUCAAUCGAGGUCCCGGCACAUCACUCCAAGGACAGAAGAACUUAAGCAUCAAACCUAAAAACACGCCUGCAUUUCAUCCUGUUCCUGUUGUCACACGUUAAAUGUGUUUUCGAAUAUAUAUAAUUCACCGUACAUCCAACAUCUCUCCGUAGGUCAGUGGUUAGUGCGCAUGUUAGAUGUCCAAUCAAGACAGUCACCUCGUUUGCUGUUUAUGCAGGUUGGCACCACCGAUCAGUCUAAAGUGUAACGGAGAUGUAAUAUCUCUUUCAAGUGUUAAUCAGUGAGGAGCAUGCUCGGAGAUGGCAGGACAAACUCAUGACCCAUCGGUCAUGAUUAGUGACAACUAAUGCUCCAGUGUUCUCUGAUCCCCUUAUUUAAAUGACCAUGGUAAAUCUCUGCAUUUAUUGUAAGACGUUUUCUUUAGUAAAAACAAAACACUA